GAAUAAUUAUAUCCCAGGAUGCAUUUCAGCCCUCAAGCUAGUGGGGCGAGUUAGUUUGCGGCAGACGUCAUUUUAUUCACUCAUUGAUUUAUUUUAUUGAUAUAUUGAUGUAGCCGCUUCGCUGAUUUCUACCUUAUUUCGUCGAUCGAACUGUGGAGUGAAGACUUUUAAGGACAUUUGUUUAUUUGCAGCUAGUAUGAGUUUCAACACUAGGUAGACGCCAACAAGUCUUACACAAGUUACAGGCUUCAUGUGUGAACAGAUAUAGAGGAAAACACACACUUUUCAGCUUUUAUUCGUUUGUUCCUUUUUAAAACGAGUCAAACCAUUCAAGCUGUGCCUGAUUUAUCAACUUCUAUCUAUCAACUUUGUUCCUUCGAGAUGACUGCAGAGGGGUCCAAGCUGUGGGGGGGUCGUUUCGUGGGUGCCACCGACCCAGUGAUGGAGCGCUUCAACAUGUCCGUAGCGUACGACCGGCGCAUGUGGGACGCCGACCUGAGGGGCAGCAAGGCCUACGUCAAGGCUCUGCACCGGGCCGGGCUGGUCAGCGCAGACGAGAUGGCCGGCAUUUUGCAAGGGCUGGACAGGAUCAGCGAGGAGUGGAGCGAAGGCGUGUUUGUGCUCAAAGACAGCGACGAAGACAUCCACACCGCCAAUGAACGCAGACUCGAGGAGUUGAUUGGCGGGGCGGCGAGGAAGCUGCACACAGGCAGGAGCAGGAACGACCAGGUGGUGACCGACAUGCGUCUGUGGCUGCGUGAUGCCGUGGGCACGCUGACAGACAACGCCCUGGUCCUCAUCGCCGCCAUGGUGGAGCGUGCCACGGCCGAGAUAGACGUCCUGUUUCCUGGUUACACCCACAUGCAGCGAGCGCAGCCAAUCAGAUGGAGCCACUGGAUUCUGAGCCAUGCCGUGGCUUUGCGGCGCGACGUAGAGCGGCUGCAGGAGAUCAGGAAGCGCGUCAACGUCUUGCCUCUGGGCAGCGGCGCUGUCGCCGGAACGCCGUUUGACAUCGACAGGGAGCUUCUGAGGAAAGAGUUGUGUUUUGAGGAGGUCAGCUUGAACAGCAUGGACGCAACCGCACAACGAGACUUUGUUGCGGAGUUCCUGUUCUGGGCCUCGCUGUGCGCGACUCACCUGAGUAAGAUGGCCGAGGACCUUCUGCUGUACAGCACCAAAGAGUUCUCCUUCGUCUCGCUGUCUGACGCCUACAGCACAGGCAGCAGCUUGAUGCCCCAGAAGAAGAACGCCGACAGUCUGGAGCUGAUCCGGAGCAAAGCGGGGCGAGUCUUUGGCCGAUGCGCGGGCUUCAUGAUGACGCUGAAGGGCCUUCCCAGCUCCUACAACAAAGACCUGCAGGAGGACAAGGAGGCCAUGUUCGACUGCUACGACUCCGUCUUGGCCGUCCUCCAGGUCGCCGCCGGAGUCGUGUCCACGCUAAAGAUCAAUGCCGACGCCAUGGAGGCGGCGCUCAGCCCGGACAUGUUGGCCACCGAUCUGGCCUACUACCUCGUGAGGAAGGGGGUGAGGGCAAGCCGUACGCUCAGCGGAAAAUACACCUCGACCGGAACCUCCAAAGUCCAAACACUAGUGGCGUUCAGGGACGCUCACGCUCUGGCGGGUAAAGCGGUCUUCACGGCCGAAUCCAAAAACAUUUCCUUGAACCAGUUGACUUUGGAGGACCUGAAGGCCAUCAGCCCGCUGCUGGAAAGCGACGUGGCGUCGGUGUGGGACUACGCGGCGAGCGUGGAGCAGUACGCCGCUGCGGGCGGCACGGCCAAGAGCAGCGUGUGCGCUCAGGUACAACACCUGCGCACCUGGAUGACUCGGCACAAAGCGCAAACAUAACCGUCACGCCAUAAAAGAUUCGACGUUGAGUUUUGCUCCAUCGUGAUUGAAGCGCAUGGAACUGAUUUCACAUUUUAAUCAAUCAAAGCUGAUUCUACGCUUGAUGAACACUUGGGCACCAUUGUUCGUAUGGUGUCCCUAAUUAAGUUUUUUUUU